GCGAUUAAUUCAUCUCUGGUAUCAUUUUAGAGAGAGUUUUUAUUUUUGGUUAUGUGGGUGUAUUGUUGGAAUCUAAACCCAACUCUGCACUUAGAUUGUGGGUCAGGUAUAUCAGGUUCAUGAACCUGAAAUGCACGUUUGAGUACAAAUCAGGUUCAUAAAUCCGAUAUGCAUCUCUUUUAUUUCACAUGUAUUAAGCAUUUAUUUUUCUUAGCUUGAGUUUUAAUAGGACCCCUUUAUCAUUUUGAAUCCAUUUUAUAAGAAUUUUAGUUUCAUUUCCACCUCAAGCCUUUCAGAUUUCAAAGCAAAGUUCAUCCGAUUUUUCACUGUUUACAUUUUGCUCAGUCGAUUUUCUCUAGGUAUGUCUAUUUGUUCUCCCUUUCAUUACGUUUUUCUUUGUUUCAACUCUUUGCUUUCGAGUAUAGGGUUUUGUCUCCGGUUCGGACCUAUGGCUAUGAACUUCCCCUCUCUUUCAUUUUGCAAUAUGAUCCUCCUGAAAUGAAUCGAGCCCAUGGCUCCAAAUCAUACCUUAUUGCUAAGGUUUGGUUUGGGUCCUGAACCCAAAAUAUUUUUAUUCUAUUGUUUAUGGCUUUCACUAUCAUACUAUAUAGCUAGGGCUUGCCGACCUGAACUAUACAUUACCAGAUGUUUUAUGGUGUAGUUCGGCUCGACACGCCCUAUCUAUAUCAUCUCCCAUCGCACCAAAGUCAUACAAUGUGGUUCAAGACAACAAACCUGAACCACACUAUUAUUAAGUAUUGUGUGGUGCGCUUCGAUUUUGUUGACCCAAACCUCACCACAGUUGUGCAUUCGAACCAGAGGCGAGUUUCAGGUCCACAGGCAUGAACUACACCUUAAGCAUCUUGCAAUAUUGUGCAGUUCGGAUUUGUCAAAUUUGUCUAACAAUAUUUGAAGGAACUAUGCUGCAUUGCAGUCCUGGUUACUUAAGCCCAGCCAUUUAAGUCAAACCGGAAUAACGUAUUCUUAAUUCACUCCAAGCAAUUGAUAUGAACAUUGUGAAUUUGUGACAGAGUAGGCGGGCCUGUGAACUUGACAUACAACUACCCUUUAUUGUCCUUUCUCGUAUGUUGACUUAGAGCCCUGUACAUUGUACCGGCUUUCUUGACUCGCCAGACGUCUAUCUUGGGAAAUUAGCCGAUUUAUAGAUAGUUUAAGGUCGAUGAAUGGGACACCCUUUGUCGUUCUUCUGUACAACACGGCCAACAGAAAGAUGAAAGGACGGCAGGAGAUUAUUGAACUCAUAACUAAUUAUGCCGUCCAUUUGACCUUUUCAGCUAUGGCCUGUUAUAAAAAUCAGAUUUGAAAGAAGGGGAAUUACAAAGAGAAAAGCCCUUCUUAGGUUGAUUGGUCUUCUCUAACAACGAAGAUAACAGCUCUUAUAUUUUCUUUCUUCUCUGUUUUAUUUUUUCCCUAUUACAGGAUGGCCGAAUAUUUAUGUUCUCUAUGCUGCUGCUCUUGCUGUGGUUCACCUCCACAAGCUCUUCAACAAGAACAAGCCAACUCUAUCUCUUCACCACAACUACCUCCUCACCAACAGACCAUUACUGGCCACUCCACUACCUCUGAACAAGAGCCCAUUGCUGGAUCUUCCACUGCCACUAUGACCGAUUUCAAAAAAAAUCUACACAAAUUCAAUGAUAUAAGCCGGAUUUACGCUCUAAUUCCGGUUUUAGAAGAGCUAUUGAAGAUCGCGUCGGGAGAGAAGAGUGAUGGAGGAUCUGAUUCAGCGGCAGGUUCUUAUAUCCAAGAUGGCCAAAUAAUCCUAGAGAUGCUAGAUAAACGCAUUGGCAAGCGUCCUAAAAAUUCUAUGGAUGGCACAAUUGCUGAGAUAGAACAAGUUUUUAUAGAAGUGCUCAAAAGCUCAGAGAAAAUUCCUAAAGUAGGAAUGGCACUUUGUAUGUUGGGAUCUGUAUUGGAGAGAUUUAGUAAGAUGUCUGAGAACAGGAGUGAGUGCCUUGAAGUUCUGAGAAGGAUGCUUAAUCUUGGCAAGCAAAUUCUACAGUUGAAUGAGCAAAUUCCAGAGCAGAAGCAGAAACUAAAUGAGGGAAUUCAGUGCAUUGUUGUAGGAACCAGCAUGUGCAUCUCCCAACUUGCAAGAGCCAAUAUUUUCAGGUUUCUUACCGCUACAGUGAAUGCCGAUAGUUUAAAGGCUUUUCAAGUUAAAAUAGACCGCUUUUAUUUCGACAUGCAAUUGUCGACUGCAAUUAACAUAGGGGAAAGAGUAAUUGACAUAGGGGAAAGAGUGCCAAAGAUCGCUUCACAAUCACAAAAAAUCUAUGCUUACCAACCGAGAGUUGGAAUUGAGGGAGGACUGGAAAGUGUAAUUCAGCUUCUUGAUUUGGAUGCGCAAGAUGCAAUACCCAUUGUUGUGGUUGUCUAUGGUUUUGGAGGGAUUGGUAAGACAACACUCGCUGAGCCGUAUAUGCACAACUCAACCUUCAACCUCCAGUCUUAUAAGCAUUGUAGAAUUCAUAUGGAUGAAGAUUGUACCAAGAAUGAUCUUAAGGGCCUCCAAGAGCAAAUUUUGCAUGGGUCGUUCAAAGAGAACUUGCAAUUGAAAAAUGGCGAUGAAGGUCGGGGAAGAUUGUGGUCAUUUUUCAAAGAGAAUCCUAAUCAGCCUUUUUUCCUUUAUAUUGACAAUGGUCUCAAAAGUACAGAUCUUGAGCAACUUCUACCUCAAGGCUUGGGCAGUUGCCUUCCCCCAAAGAGUAGAAUACUUAUCACUACUAGAAAUCUCCACGAGAUGGACAUAUUAAUCAGUGGGUAAUUCAAUGCCGACAAUAUGAUGUGAAUCCUCUUCCAGAGAUAGAUGCUAGAAAACUUUUUUUGAAGAAUGUUUCAAACUACAACGAUGAAAAUAAUAUAGACAACCUCCUUAAGCUGUGUGGUGGUGUUCCACUUCUACUAGAAUUAGCUGGUUCACAAUUGGCUAUAAAGAGAGGAAAUACAAAGAAUAUAGUGUUAGAGAUGCUUCAAGAAGGAGAGAAGGUCAAAGAGAAAGAUAUAAGCGAUUAUAUGGUUGGUUUUGUAUAUGACAGACUGUUAGAACCUGUUCAAGAGGCCUUUCUAGAUAUCGCAUCCUACUUUUAUGAUUGAUGGAGUAAGUUUGUGGCCAGGAUAGUUGGAGAGGAGGAAUUCAGAGCUCUAGAAGCUGCAUCAUUUGUCAAGACAUCUCAAGACGGUUAUGUGAUUGUUCAUGACAUAGUUCGAGCAAGAGGGAAAAAGUUGUCAGAGCAAACUAGAAUCAGAGACCGUGAGACUUUAUUGGAAUGUUUGAAAGAUGAAGAGAGACUAAAAAAAAUUGAAAGGAAUUUAUUUUUAUGAAGAAUACAAGCCACUUUCAAUUGAAAUUAAUCGUAAUUACCUUAAUUGUAUGAGCAAUUCAUUAAGAGUGCUAAUUUAUGGAGCAUCACAAAUGACAUUUAGGGAGAAAUGUCAUAGACCAUUUGAACAACUCAGAUGCCUUAAUAUUCCUAGUGGUGUUCCUUAUUUACCAAUAGAGUUCGAGAAACUUGAGCAUCUUGCCUACUAUGAGGGCCCAUUGACACAAGGCAUGAGUUUGUAUGAGUUUCCUCCAAGCCUGCGCAUUAUGAUCAUCUCAGAUUAUUCUGAGAAUGGAGUUCCACAUUCUAAAAUUCCUCCCAAAGUCACUCCAACUUCUUCACUUGUAAGAUUAUUCAUAUAUGGUUUCAUAAAAAUGCAAAGUUUGCCAAAUGGAAUGGAAAAGCUAACAAAGUUAGAGGAGCUACGUUUAGAGGAUUGCCAUCAGUUGAGGGAACUUCCAUCCAAACUGGGGGAACUCAACAACCUUAAAGUGUUGAUGGUAACUGAUUGCACUGAAUUCAAAGAGUUGCCUUCAAACUUUGGGCACCUUAGCAAUUUGACAACUUUACGAAUAUGCACAUGUUCUGCAUUAAGUGCAUUACCUUCAAACUUUGGUCAGCUCAAAAGUUUUGAAGAGUUAGAUUUGAGCUUCUGUUCUGGGUUAGAAGAGUUGCCUUCAAUUUUUGGUCAGCUGAAAAAAUUGAAAAAAUUGAAUUAGAACAAUUGAAUUUGAAGCAUUGUUCUAGAUUAGAAAAAUGGCCAUUAAGCUUUGGAGAUCUCACAGAGAUGGAGGAGAUAGAUUUGACAGGUUGUUCCCCAAAGUUAAAAGAUUCGUUGCCUGAUAAUAUUAAAGGAAAUAUCUGUAGGGUAUAGGGAUUACUAUGAGUUAAAGAUAAUUGAGGACGGAGAGUUUGAAGAAUGUAAUUAAAAAAUUCACCACUUAAUUGUUAUUUUGAGAGGGUUUUUGAUUAUUUAUUAAAUUUGUAAUAUAAAAUUUGUGA